GAUGAGUCAGAAAUCACAAACACAGAUCAAAGAUUUCAGGGGGAACUGCGGCAAGUGUUUUUGUACAUGUGUGGAGUUGUUGUGGUUCAAUGCGAGGAAAGUGCUAAGCGUCUUUUACGAAAUGUUACUGAUCAUGUAAAUGUGCUAGGUGCGAAUUCUAAAUUUGAAGAAGUUAAGGGAAACUUAGAAUUAGCAAUUUCUUUAAUACAGGAAUGUGUCAAAAGUAAGAAAAGCCUUCGGUCCCAGUUACUUCAUGUGUUUGGGGCUCACCUGCAACUUAAGAUCUGUACCUCAGUAAUGAUUCCGCCGCAAUCACACUUUUUCUUGGAAAGUCUUUCAUCCAAUACCUUUUUGAAUGAAUUGAAAUUAAGUCCAUCGACACAUACACUUGGUGAGGUAGACGUUGCUCUUAUCUCUCGGGCCCUUUCAGUCAAUACUACAUUGACCAAGUUAGUCUUAGAUCGUAAUAAUAUUGGCGAGUCUGGUGCUGCUUCUCUCUCUCAGGCUCUUUCAGUCAAUACAACAUUAAACCAGUUGGACUUAGGUGGGAAUAAUAUUGGUGCUUCUGGUGCUGCUUCUCUCUCUCAGGCUCUUUCAGUCAAUACUGGAUUAAACCAGUUGGACUUACGUGGGAAUAAUAUUGGUGCUUCUGGUGCUGCUUCUCUCUCUCAGGCUCUUUUAGUCAAUACUGGAUUAAAUCAGUUGGACUUAGGUGGGAAUAAGAUUGAUGAUUCUGGUGCUGCUUCUCUCUCUCAGGCCCUUUCAGUCAAUACAACAUUAAGCCAGUUGAACUUAUGUGGGAAUAAGAUUGGUGAUUCUGGUGCUUCUUCUCUCUCUCAGGCCCUUUCAGUCAAUACAACAUUAAGCCAGUUGAACUUAGGUGUGAAUAAUAUUGGUGCUUCUGGUGCUGCUUCUCUCUCUCAGGCCCUUUCAGUCAAUACAACAUUGAGCCAGUUGAACUUAGGUGGGAAUAAGAUUGGUGAUUAUGGUGCUGCUUCUCUCUCUCGGGCCCUUUCAGUCAAUACAACAUUAAGCCAGUUGGACUUACUUUGGAAUAAUAUUGGUGAUUUUGGUGCUGCUUCUCUCUCUCAGGCCCUUUCAGUCAAUACAACAUUAAGCCAGUUGAACUUAGAUGGGAAUGAUAUUGUUGAUUCUGGUGCUGCUUCUCUCUUACUUAGGCCCUUUCAGUCAAUACUAGAUUAAACCAGUUGGACUUAGAUGGGAAUCAAAUUGGUGCUUCUGGUGCUGAUUCUCUCUCUCAGGCUCUUUCAGUCAAUACUGCAUUA